AGGAAACCACUGGUGGUUUGGUAUCCGCAAAGAUUUCUGUCAGUUUCUGCUUGAAAUCUUCCCAUUUCUACGAGAAUAUGGAAAUAUUUCCUAUGAUCUCCAUCACGAAGAUAAUGAAGAAACCGAAGAGACCCCAGUUCCAGAGCCUCCUAAAAUCGCACCCAUGUUUCGAAAGAAGGCCAGGGUGGUCAUUACCCAGAGCCCUGGGAAGUAUGUGCUCCCACCUCCCAAAUUAAAUAUCGAAAUGCCAGAUUAGAUGCCACUUCCGGGGACAGAGCUAAAGUGGACUGGGACGCGCUCUCUCCACCUUCCUCUGCCCCCUCGUUCACCCCACAAACCAGAACCAGUACUGGAGCUGGGUCUCCAGGUACGUCCAUCUCAUGCCUUGUUUGCAUCCUGCGCCUAUCAGCCACUCACCACGACGGGACGUGGAAGUGGCAGGUGACAGGGGUGUGUGCCAGCAGAUGUGGAUGCCAGGAAGAGUGUGAGAACAGGGGCGGGAUUUCCAUCUGUCUGGGAGGGGCUCCAGGUACCCCUCUUCCUCGUCAGACCCACGGGGGGAUGGCUGCUUACCAGGUCCCCAAAAGGAACAUCUGUCUACACGGUGCUGAAAUCCCAAUCAAAAGUGUUGUUUAGAAAUGUUUCUCUACGGGGUGACCUCCUGCAGCUCGCUCAGCACUCCCAGGUCCUCAGCACUCCCAGGUCGUAGCUGGCGCAGUCAGUAGGAACUGUAACUAUGUCUCUGAUGCACCACGUGUUUAGACACAGCACAGUCCUUUUUUCUGUUCCUACCGUGGAAGUAGUUUCUCUUUGGGCAUGCUGACAGCACUUUUUCAUAGCCUCACCGAUGAGCCCUUUCUGCGGGAGUGACUCCAUGCCUGUAUACAGAGUAUUUAUACAAAUGUUUUAGCAUCUUCAUAUGCGGUGUUAACCCCUAGUUCUGUACAGCACAUUCUGUUCAAGUAUUUUUUUUACAAGCUUGUGCUGUAGGCACAUGAUCUGCUGCAGAAGUGGACACCCGUGGCACACCCACCCCGCCCCAGUGGGGUGCCAUGCCUUCCUGGGACAUUGCCACUUCUGCCCUGGAACUCAUGCAGGUACGUAGUAGCUGCUAUUGCCAGAACAGCAAAGCCAAGCAAGAGAUGGUCCAUGCUUUUCUGACGUUCUCAGAAUAGUGGCUAGCCUAAAACCUGACAAGCGCUGCUUGAAGCCGGAACACUGGAGAAUGUCACUGAGAGCAGAAAUGGCCACGCGGGUCACGAUUAUGCUUAGGAAAGUCUCCGGCUUCCCUCCUGCCAGCAACAAGAACGCUUUGGGGUAGGCACGAUGUUUUCACGUGUGCGUGCCGUUUCUCCAAGCACUGCAGGUUCCGCCGUGUGCCGGAGGCUACAAGUUUCACAUCCUCCUUCCCGAAAACAAAUAGGUCCUAUGCUGAAAAAAGGGUAAAAAAUGAGUACUGAUCUUCCCAGCCAGGAGAAGAGUGUGGCGUUUUAACACGACCAACUGCUCGCCGGCAUACUUGGGGUUAAUUCAACUCUGCUGCGAACAUGACUCCGCCCCUGGCACUGGCCUCCAGCAAGCCUGUUCUUCUUGGGGUACGGGGGAGCAGGAUGGUUUAGCCUUUCCUGCUCAGUGUGUAAAAAAUUGUAGCGAAAGCCACUAUUUUUGCUCUCUUAAACUGUUCAAUAAACUGGUUCCUCGUUUUACAUGUGCACGAUGUGUAUCUUAUUUGCUGGAUGGCCCAGGAAACUGGAAUGGCCCUCUCAGCCAGCCUCAGAGGAAAGAAAUCUGUAGCUGGCACAGGCAGCCGAGUGAGGCUGGCGGCUGCUGGGACACAGCCUUUAGAAUGAGUCCUUGAGUGCACAGCUCCCAGGGAUAUAUGGGGUAGCGGGAAGGAGGGGACGCUGCGCAGAUGCCACUGUUGGCUGGGCUACACCGUGCCACACUUGUUACUGCUUAGGAGGCUUUCUGGAGUGUUCCUCGGGUGCUAAGACAGUCUGCAGCAGACACUGUCCUUUUACUGCUGCUGGUCCUCGUUUGCUCCCCAGUCAUGUCAACAGCUGAGGACUGCUCAUGCUGCAACAAAAGGCUCUGCAAUUGCUGUCUAGCUAGCCCUAGCUGUCUCUAGAGUUCUGCCUGAACUGAAACUCAAGUGGGGUUCAGCUCAUGACUUGGGGCAAUUGACGAGGAAAUCCACCAGUUGCUGUGGCUGGAAGGAUUUGCAGUCCUGUGGGUUGUAACCAGAGGCCACAGGUGGAUUCUGCCUCAGGCUCAUGAGAUUUCCGACUUACUGUUCAAGAAAAUGCCUUGUGAAGUGACAACAGUAGCUAUGACCCAACUGCCAGGUGCCUUGCUAGUUCCUAUUCGUCCCACUGGAUCCUCGCAGCCCUGGGAAGCAGGUGCUACUACUCUUAUCCCCAGGAGGAGACAGAGGCUGAGAGAGGUUAAGUGACCUGCCCAAGUCACACAGCUUGGCAGCGGCCGGGUCGAGACACCAGCAUCAGCAGUCUGUUUGCAGACCCCUCACUGUCACCCCCGAGCCAGUGCGUCUUGGGCCCUGGGGUCAGGAUGUCUCAAGCGUGGAGGCAUCACUGGUUUGUGGAAGUCUCUGGAAGGUCCCUGAGCUCUGUGCCCAGAAUUGAGUCAGGGGAAUCUGUAGAGAGGUGGCCCUGUGUGUGGGGACAGUGUGUGACACAGACACUGCUUUGGAGGAACGCCUCUCCCGUGACCUCUUAGCAUCACAUCCCAAAGGAACAACUUUUGCAGAGAUGGACCUCUGGGCACAAACCCACGUGCGUUUCUCUGGAGACACUGGCCAAGGAAAACAAGACAUGCUCGAAGGCCAACAGCUGCAUGCCCCACCACGAUGUGACUGCAGAGACCCGGGGUGUAGAAGAGUGUCUCUGCUUGGUGGGGGGACACAAGCGGGCCAAGGAGAGGCGGGAAGAAGGCAGCCUCCGACUCGCCACUGGACUGCAUGGAGACGCUGGUGGGGCAGUCAGCUAAGCCCUUUGCGUAAGUGGCCUUCGGGCAUCUGCGUGCUGGGGACCGACAGUGGGGGUGUGUUAGGUGGAUCUGUUUGGAGCACAUUGCUGCCGCUGGCUAGGACAGGGUAGAAAGGGUGGCGUGGCUACAGCCUGACCCGUGGGCACCGUCCUACCCUUUAUUCUGUGCUUCAAAGUGUCAGUCGUGCUGGUGUCUGUGGGCUCGUGACUCAGACGGUGAGCUCUGACCUUCCUGAGCCAGGGCUUUGCUGUGGUUCUGCCUGGCUCAGGAGCUCUAGGACAAGGGGGCCGCUCCAGGUCUGCACCUAAGGUGUGGCAGGGCCCCUCAACACUCCUGUGUACUAGUGUCGUCUUUCCCAUUGAAAUGACUGUGAGGACUAGAAUGUGCACAUGCAGAUGGGCAGCUACUUGUCUGUCUUGGCCCUUUAUUACAUAACUUGCUGGGUUUGUGGAGAUGUCACCCCCCAGCAGUCAGAGCCCGUUUGUGAUGUCGUGGGGCUGGUUACAUGACUGCCAAGGGGUGCUGCUGGCCACACUGCACUAGUAAGUUUGCCAGAUGGAGGACAAGCCAUCACUGAGUGUGGCUCUCUGUGAAGAAAGAAAUUCGAGAGGACAGGGUCAUGGCUUGGACAGGGUGCCUUUUCCUCCCCAGUUGUACUCAGAGACCUACCUUCACCCAGCAGAUCCUUCCCCUGCCUGGGAUGACCCAGUGUCCACUGGGAGCCCUAACUUCAGGCUGCUGACAGAAGAAAUCGCUUUCCAAGCUCUGGCCGAGGAGGCUUCAUUCAGAAGGCCGCGCCCUGAUGGUGACAUCCCGCCCCAGGGAGAAGACAAUCUCCUCUCCCUCCCUUUUCCGCAGAAACUGUGGAGACUGGUCAGCAGCAAUCAGUUUUCAUCCAUCUGGUGGGAUGAAGGAGGGGCUUCUAUAGUGAUCAAUCAAAAACUCUUUGAAAAGGAGAUUCUCAAAAGGGACGUCGCACACAAAGUGUUUGCCACGGAUUCAAUAAAGAGCUUCUUCCGCCAGCUAAACUUGUAUGGCUUCCGAAAACGGCGUCAAUGCUCUUUCAGGACCCUCACCCACGUUUUCCCCGCACAAAGGCCGGUCUCCAUCUUGAAUAAGUUAGAGUUCUACUGCCAUCCCUACUUUCAAAGAAACUCCCCUCACCUCCUCGUGAGGAUGAAGAGAAGAGUGGGCGUCAAGUCUGCACCAGGACAUCAGGAGGAGGACAAGCCAGAAGCUGCUGGAUCCUGUCUGGCACCAGCAGACACUGAGCAACAAGAUCACACAUCUCCGAAUGAGAAUGAUCAGGUCACGCCGCAACACCAGGAAGCGGUGGGUCCCAACACCCAAAUCAGAAGUGUCUCUGCUCUACCAGCAAGUCCUGUGAUGGUGCCCGAUCCCGCCAUGGCAAGUGACAACACUCCAGUGACCCAGCCGGCCGGCGAGUGGUCAGAGGGCAGCCAGGCUCACGUCACUCCGGUGGCCGCUGUCCCUGGGCCUGCAGUGCAGCCCUUCCUCUCUGUCCCCGGAUCUCCCACCCAGAUGAAUUCUUACGGGCCUGUGGUGGCCCUUCCCACAGCAUCCCCCAGUACCCUUGCCAUGGAGACCACAGGACUUCCUGCGCCUGGCAUGCUGCCCUUUUGCCAUCUCUGGGUGCCGGUGACCCUAGUGGCUGCUGGGGCUGCACAGCCUGUUGUCUCCAUGGCCAUGUUCCCCCAUCCCCUAGCUCUGCACCACCAUUGCCCCCACAGCCACCGCACAUCACAGUACAUGCCAGCUAGCGAUGGCCAUGCAUACCCAGACUACGCAGACCAGCGCACAUAGAGGCGAGCAUUUGGGCAGAAAAUGUGCCGGUCAAUAAAUGUGUCACAAAAUGAGUAAUUUUCUGACUGCACAAAA